GUUGGGGUAAAACCCAGAGACUCAACAAUCCCCUCACACUGACAGCCUGCCCAGCGCCCGGCCAACAUCGGGUACAAAGGCUGAGACCCCAAAGCGAGCCGAUGGUUUUAGGGAAAAGUGGUUUAUGACCAUUAAUAUUGCUAAAAAUUAGAAAACCAGCAACAGCUCUUCUACAGUCGCUUCCCGACUUAUGCAAGUGUCCGUUCCAGAACACCAUGCCUAACUCGAAUUUUGCCUCAAUGGGAAACAUAUACCUGACCAUUACACCCCAAAAACCCUCCUGUUUCUAGCAUACAGAACUUUUUCCGCAAGUGCGGAUUUGCGUAAAUCGGGUUUGCGUCACCCGAGGGGGCGUCUGGACCUAAAGCUCUAAAGGUACCUAGGUUGAUGGUUCUUGUGCUCCGAUACCACCGUGUCAUGCCUUAUGCAAAUACGCCUCACAGAGCUCCGGCGUUCACGGUUCUAGUUCCCCGGCCACAUUGCUCUUCCACUCAUCCACAACAAGGAUUGGUUGGUAAACCUCAAAGGCUGUGGGCUGGAACUGAACUAACGAGGAUUCAUAGAGGUGACAGCCAGUGGACACAUUAGAUCACCUAGUUUGGAUCACAGGCCAUUCAGUUUACCCAGUGUCCCUUUAUGUAGUCUUAAUAACAUGCAUUGGACUAGAGUAUUUUCCAGUCUGGAUUUGAAGAGAUCAGGAUAUGGAGAUGCCACUUCCCUCGGCUGUUUGGGCCAAUGGUUUUCUUCUGGAAUUGGGGCUCUUUCCAAUCGGAAUUUGGCUGCCUGCUGCGUUCAGCCGUUGGUUUGAGUUCUGCCUUUUUCCGCUAGAUUACAGAGCUCGUCAGGAGAAGAUGGAAGAAUGGACAACUUUCUUCUAAAAAAUGGGAUUCUCCAACACUCCAUCCUCUGGGCGUUGGCUGAGCUGAGGAGGACCAUCUGUAGGAGUGCGAAGAUCUGAUUUUGAAUUUUACAGUUCACUGUCUAUCCUGCCCAGGACCAACAAGCGACGAGCAGCAACCAAAGCAAAGGGUCAAUCUGUGUGCCAUCGAUGGCGUCUGCAGACCAAAGAUGCGCUGCAUGUGGUUACCCAGGUGGUGGAAGCCAGUGCCUGGUGUCACAGGGAGAGCACCAGAGGCUAGUUCAUGCCAUGGAGAAGACCCUCCAACGGUGGCGGCAGGGGGACUGUUGUUGCCAUGCCACGACCUGUGCCUUGGAGAUGCUGGCCAAAUGCAUCCAUCAGUUGGUGGCACAGAGAACACGCCAUGGAGACCUCUCUCCAAUGCCAGUGGCAGCUGCAGGGUGCCCACCAGCGCCAGGCUGUUGCUCGCACAAUGGAAACGAUGUUACAAAGCCAGCGGCAUCUCCUGGAAGAUCAAGAGCAUCAUGCCAUUGCCUGCGCCACGGAAACGAAGCUCCACCAUGAGCAACAUCUUCUGGAAGACCAAGAUGGCUGCGUCGUGGAAACGUCGGCCGAAGGCGCCGAUAGAUUGGCGCCAUGGGGAGAACAUUGCUUAAAUGGCCGCUCCGUGGGAACCUGGCCCAUUACUCACUUAUAGCGGCAAGCAGCCAGAUGUGACCAGGAAGAGGUUGCCAAUGUGGAUCUGUCUCGACUUGAUCGCACGGCAGUAGGGUGCAGUGAAGGCCGGGGAUGUUGGGAGUGAUUUCUAGGAGUGGUCGGAGCCAGGGGCUCUCGGAAGCAGCACAGGCAAUAAGCCAUUUGCACUUAACUCAAGGGGCUGGCCAAGCCCAGGGCUCAUUAGCCAACUUCGCAGUGCCAACGGCCAUGCCGAUUUUCAGUAGGGUUGUGCCAGUCACUGCUGCCUACAGCCUCCCUGGCAGCAUCAGAGUGGAUUGGCUGCGGCGUUCCAGAAAGACGGACAAGCAGCCGCUUGGGGUUGGAUAACGCCUGGCCUCCAUAAGCGAAGAAAUGCACAACCCUCUAGUUUCCAAAUCACCAGUCAAAUAUUUUGUGGUAUUAGCAACUAAUUAGUACUUAUUGGUCAAUUAUUUAAUUAGCCAGUCAAUAACCAAGUAAUCUGCUCCACAAGCUAAUUAUUUUUAUAACAGUUUGACUAUUUCUUUGUUAGCCAGUAAGUUCAUUUCUAGAAGCUAAUCCCCAAGUAAUGCAAUCGGGGUUCAAUUAUUUCUUAGCAGUAAUUACUCAUUAAAACAAAUUGCAUUAUUAGUCAUUAUUGUGUGUCUUAUCCUAGUGUCUCUGCGGCCUGGUCACAGACACACAACAAGCACCGUUGCUGCCCCAGAAAACUUAUUUCCAGGACUGCUCGGCUGCAUCCCUAGCUAACGACACCCAAAGACAUAAUUGUCCCUAAUUAGCUAAGGAAGGUCUCAGGCUCCCCAGGGGGACGUGGGGCUGACAAUUUGGGGUUCAGACCCCCUUACGGCAGCUGUCCCCGUGGGCUGGCCAGCCCGGGAGCCCCAGGCCAAGGACCCCCCGGUGGCGGGGCCAGCCAUGCCCCCCAACAAGGAGUCGCCAGGCAGCCCCAGUUCACCGGCAGCCCUCAUCUGCCUGCCUCCCAUCUCAGAGGACCUGCAGCUGGUGUGGACCCAGGCGUCCCAGACCAGCGAGCUGGACGGCCACCAGCCGCUGCGCCAGGCCUUCAGCUACUUCCCCUACCCCAGCCUGGCCGACCUGGCACUGCUUUGCCUGCGCCACGGCCUGCAAUUGGAGAAGGUCAAGGCCUGGUUCAUGGCCCAGCGGCUGCGCUGCGGCAUCAGCUGGAGCGCCGAGGAGAUCGAGGAGACGCGGGCGCGGCUGGCCUGCCGCCAGGACCGCCCGGCCUUUGGGGCCCUGCUGGCCCCCGGCGCCCCCCUGCCGCAAACUGGCAAGGCCCUGGGAGGCAGGGAAGCCCCCGUGGCCGCACACCACAAAGCCAAGCCCCAGGAAUCCCCAGGGAGCUGUUCGGCUGUGGCCCGGGGCCCCCCAGAGCCGGGGAGAGCUUCCACAGUCCCCUACCCCAAAGCCAAAGAGACGCUGACGCCACCCCCCAGCCUUUUCCCCACGCCACCCCCUCCGUGCCGGGCCUGGGCGGAUUCUCCGGCUGGCGCCAGCCACCCAGACACCGCCUGGGACCUCAGCAAACCCUGCCGGCUGGGGGCAGUUGACACCGCACCGCCCUCCUCCGGAACCACCGUCAAUGGGGCUGAGGCGUGGGCCCGGCCUGGCCACCCCCACAGCACCCUGGAGGCCCAGCGGCAGCGGAAGAGCCGGCGGAAGAGCAAGGAGCAGCUGGCGGUGCUGAAGUCGUUCUUCCUGCGGUGCCAGUGGGCGCGGCGGGAGGAUUACCAGUGGCUGGAGCGGAUCACCGGCCUGCCGCGGGCAGAGAUCAUCCAGUGGUUCGGGGACACCCGCUACGCCCUCAAGCACGGGCACCUGCGGUGGUUCUGGGAUAACACCGUGCCCCCCGCUGCCACCCUGGAGCCCGGGCCCCGCACGGACACGGGCCCGCUGGAGCGGUACUGGGCCGCCCGGCAGCAGCUGCGCCAGGACGACCUGCCAGCCCUGUGCCGUGAGUCGGGCAUGGGGGCCCAGCAGGUGCUGAACUGGUUCUACUCCCGCUCACCCGAGCCGGCUGAGGUGGUGGUGUGCCUGGGCGAGGAGCCUGAGGACGAGGACGAGGAGGCCGGGCUCAUGGUGCAGGACGACGGGGAGGAGGAUGACGACGAGCCGGAGGAAGAGGACCUGGGCACCCAGGAAUGAGGAGCUUCGGAGACUUCCCGGGGAGGGCGGGGUUGGGAGGAGCCGACUCGUACGCUGGGGCCCUGUUCUGUCUAGUUCCUCCCUCCGUUCUAGAACCCAGAUCUGGGUCCUGAAUCUAGUUUCCCCUCCCUCUCCCUUCCUGGGCCCCACAUUCCCCCCUGCCUCUCUCCAGCUCUAGAACCCAGGUCCUUCUCCCUUUCUGUUCUGGAACUUGGUAUCAUGCAGUUCUGCUUCCUAGAUCAUUGUUGUAAUUCACUCUCCAUGCCUCAGGCUCCACAUUUGGGUUUGUGUGUCCCCACUCAUCUUGGUGCUCUAGAACAAAGUACUGGCUCCUCCCUGUUCUAGAAUCUAGGACCCUGUUUCUCCCCCUUUGUGUUCUAGAAUCCCAAUCAGGCCCUGGUCCCCUUCCUCUGCUAGAACAGAAGGACACCCUCAAACUCUGCCACAGGCCCUAGAACCUGGAGAUCUUGACCUAGAACCCAGGUGCCCAGUUCCCUCUGCCAUGCUCUAGAACCCAGAUACCAUUUCGUUCCUGGUUCCCUACUCUAGAACCUAGGUUCUCUGGUUACAAGUUUGUGCUCUAGAACCCUGUACCUUUCGGCCAGAUUUCUGGAUUCAGGUAUGCUCCUUUCUCCAGACUUCCCUCACCUCUCCCCUCCUUCAGGCGCCUCUGUUUCUAGAGUCUGCCUUGGGUCAUCCCUCCCCCCCCUCCUCUACGUCACGUUAAGGCCCUGUCCCCCAGAGAGACACGUGUGGCAGGAGCUGGGUGGGAGCAGCAUCUGGCCUGGAGGGGGUGGCAGAUGGUCUGUGGGGGGCUCCCUGGGUUUGGUUUUACAAACUGGGCAGGAGAAACCGGAGCGGUGGAGAGCAGGCGGGGGGCAGCCUUUCCCUGGCGGCUGGAUGGUCCUUUCUGGAGUUGUUAAUUUAUAAUGCCCGACUGGCACAAGUUAAAGCGAGGUUUGAAGUUGA